UGUUCUCUUUAUAUAAAUAUAAACACCAAUGAGAUACCAAACAAUUUAUCUUUUGUUGUGAAAGGUGAUCUUUCUACAUGUGAAGAUAACAAUCAUGUUAUUUUCACAUGAGAAGAUAUCAUGAUUUCGUGCAAAACAUCACCUGGUAUUUCAUUGGUGUUUAUAUAAUAAUUAAGUUCAAUCCUUCAGGGGUUUCUAUCUGGUGAACAUGUUCUUAUUAGUGAUUAUUAGCAAUUCAUGAACAUUCUCAGACAUGUUUAGUUUAUUUUCAUGAAUACCUUUUAGUGACAAAGGUCAUGAUGAGGGUAGCAGCAAUGACUGGUUUGAAAGUGAUUUCAAGUAGUCUUUUCCAUAAAGAAAAUUGGUCAUCUGCUGAUGAAAUGGCAAAGGAAGCCUCACAACAUGAUGAGUACUAUGCAGCUUUGGAAUUUGACAUUGAUAAAGGUGCAACAAAACUUCCUAAACAGAUCAAGUACAGCCUGCGGCUGUCACACACACUGGCUGGUGAUCUGAAGCGCUGGCGGACUGAAAACACAUACCCAGACUUUCAGGCUGUAGGGCCCAGGAAGGAUGAGGAGAGCCGUUGUUGUGAGGGCUAUAAGUCACGCUUUGUGCUGUUGCAGUAUGCAGUUGACAUGGCCAUCAUUGUAGAACAGUCUAAUAACCUGACUCAGCCAAUACCAUUAAAAUUGCAGCAAUUUCCUUAUCCAAAGUUCACUCAGAAUUUCUUCAUACAGACAGUAGAGGGAUUGCUUCCUCUUUUAAUGACACUAGCCUUCAUGUACUCAGCUGUAAUGGUUAUCAAGGAGUUGGUCAACGAAAAACAGAAUCGUUUGAAAGAAUCAAUGAAGAUGAUGGGACUGGCUAACUGGAUUCACUGGUGUGCAUGGUUCACCAAAAAUCUACUGUUCCUGCUUGUUACCAUUAGUAUAGCCACUAUUCUACUAAAGGUGAUGAAGAUCUUUGAGUUCUCUGAUGGCUCUCUUCUCUUUGUAUUUCUUGUGCUCUAUAUUAUAGCAAGUAUUAUGUUCUGCUUUGCUGUAAGUGUUUUCUUCUCAAGACCAGUUGUGGGUAUGCUGUUUGGUGCGGUGGCUUGGUACUGUUCUUUGGUUCCUUACCAGACCUUUGCCCAACAGGAGGCCUAUGAGGCUUUGUCAAGGGGUGAGAAAGCUGCUUCCUGUCUUUUACCAAAUACUUGCCUUGGAAUUGCCACUCGUAUCAUUGCUAAAUUUGAGAGCCUAGAGGUUGGAUUGACCUGGAGCCGAGUUGGCAGAUCCCCUGCUCCUGAUGAUGACUUCAGCUUUGCCUACGUUCUUGGAAUGUUUAUUGUACAGAGCAUUAUAUACGGCAUCAUCACCUGGUAUGUUACUGAUUUGUCUGGUAACAAUCUCAUUGAAUGCUUUUCAAGUUGCUGGUGGUUAACUCGCCCUCUAAUUGUUAUUUGCAGUGUUUUCUUCUCAAGACCAGUUGUGGGUAUGCUGUUUGGUGCAGUGGCUUGGUACUGUUCUUUGGUUCCUUACCAGACCUUUGCCCAACAGGAGGCCUAUGAGGCUUUGUCAAGGGGUGAGAAAGCUGCUUCCUGUCUUUUACCAAAUACUUGCCUUGGAAUUGCCACUCGUAUCAUUGCUAAAUUUGAGAGCCUAGAGGUUGGAUUGACCUGGAGCCGAGUUGGCAGAUCCCCUGCUCCUGAUGAUGACUUCAGCUUUGCCUACGUUCUUGGAAUGUUUAUUGUACAGAGCAUUAUAUACGGCAUCAUCACCUGGUAUGUAGAGGCAGUAUUUCCUGGCAGUUAUGGAAUCCCCAAGCCGUUCUACUUCCCGUUCACUAAGAGCUACUGGUGUGGAGCUUCUGCAGAUAAUUUCAUAGAAGUUGGGAUAGAACAGGAGCUCAAUCCACUGGAUAAGAUGUCUGAGAAUGUAGCAAUUGAGGAGGAAACUCAUGAUCUACCAAUUGGUGUGGGCAUUAGAGAUCUCAGAAAAGUGUUCAAGGGCUCUACUGGUUCCAAAGUUGCUGUGGAUGGGCUAACCCUGAACAUGUACAAAGGCCAAAUCACAGCAUUGCUUGGCCACAAUGGAGCAGGAAAAACGACUACUAUGUCCAUUUUAACCGGCCUGUUUCCUCCUACGUCUGGUUCUGCCCAUGUUGAUGGCAAGAGCAUACUGACAGAUAUGGAAGCUAUCCGUGAGAGCCUGGGGCUCUGUCCACAGCAUAAUGUACUUUUUGACAGACUCACCGUCAAAGAACAUUUGGAAUUUUUCAUCAACUUGAAGGGAACGUUUGGCCAACAAGCUGAAACGGAAGUACUUCAGAUGAUUAAUGACAUUCAGCUUAGUGAUAAGAUGCACUGGGCUUCAUCUACGCUCUCAGGUGGAAUGAAACGAAAGCUGAGUUGUGCUAUAGCUCUCAUUGGAGGAUCACAAACAGUGUUCUUGGAUGAGCCUACCUCUGGAAUGGAUCCAUAUGCAAGACGAGGGACAUGGGACCUACUUCUGAAGCACAAAGCAGGAAAGACCAUUAUCCUGACAACCCACUUUAUUUUUGGAGUAUCUGUCACAACUCUAGAGGAAGUGUUCAUGAAGGUUGGAGAAGGAGCCGAGAAAACUGUGGAUGACUUAGCCAAGGAUCAUGAAGUUGCUAGUUAUGAGACUGAGCAGAUUGUUGAUGUACCUGGGGCUGAAGACAUGCAGAGUGGAGGACUGGAAACAGGCAUGAAACUGAAGUGGCACCAAUACAAAGCAAUGUUCAUAAAGAGGUUUUUGAACUCCAAACGCGACAAGAAAGCAAUCGUCACACAGCUUGUUCUUCCUCUUGUAAUGGUUCUCUUUGGUUUGUUGCUGAUAACAUCCAUUCCCACCAGAGACAAUGACCCCCCACGUGUCCUGAAGCUGUCCAACUUGAGCGUGGAUGACAUCUACACUAAAGCAUUCUUUGCAGAUUACAGAAACUUGAGUUCUGCUGAAAAGUCAGCAACCUUCAAGAAAGCCAACACGUAUCUUGAGGGCGUGAAAGUUAAUGUGGAUGACAUCACAUCUAAUGUUUACAAAAUCCGAGAUUACAACAGGAACAAUGGAAUUUUUGUUAGAAACAAAAAUUACACCACGGUUGAUGACAGUAGCGUAUCCUGCUGUAAUUAUGAGUAUUUUGUGCUCAAUGCCAAGUGCAGGCAAAUGUUUAUCAGCGAGGAUCUGUCACCGGACAACUGUACAGAUUACAACUUUGGUUACAAUGACUGUCCCAAAUGCAUCCAAGCUAGACUUCCUGAUGAAAAAAUCGACGAUGAGAAAUGUUCAGCAGUGGGUUGUCCGGGCACAGAUCUGACAGACCUCAAUACUUACUUCUCUCAGUACGUGUUGGAAAAGAGUAAUGCCUCCAAUUACUUCAAUGUGUACGUUGCUGGUUUCUCGCUUGCUCCCACGACCUCCAUGCCAAUGGCUAAACCCUCAAACAUGUCGAACAACACUGGACUAGCUAACAAGACCCAGGAGACCACAGAGAACACAGUUUGGUACAGUAACGAGGCGUUUCACACUAUAGCAGAGGCCCUGAGUGCAAUGUCUAACAUUCUGCUGACAGAUCAAAUGGGCGAUUCAUCUUACGGUAUUGAGGUUACAAACCAUCCUCUUCCAAACAGUGUCUCAAACAAGACAAUUUUGAUUUGUUUUUUCUUUAUUCAAACUGUAGAUAAGAUGGAUGAAUAUGGUAUCACUAGUUUUGGAGUAUCUGUCACAACUCUAGAGGAAGUGUUCAUGAAGGUUGGAGAAGGAGCCGAGAAAACUGUGGAUGACUUAGCCAAGGAUCAUGAAGUUGCUAGUUAUGAGACUGAGCAGAUUGUUGAUGUACCUGGGGCUGAAGACAUGCAGAGUGGAGGACUGGAAACAGGCAUGAAACUGAAGUGGCACCAAUACAAAGCAAUGUUCAUAAAGAGGUUUUUGAACUCCAAACGCGACAAGAAAGCAAUCGUCACACAGCUUGUUCUUCCUCUUGUAAUGGUUCUCUUUGGUUUGUUGCUGAUAACAUCCAUUCCCACCAGAGACAAUGACCCCCCACGUGUCCUGAAGCUGUCCAACUUGAGCGUGGAUGACAUCUACACUAAAGCAUUCUUUGCAGAUUACAGAAACUUGAGUUCUGCUGAAAAGUCAGCAACCUUCAAGAAAGCCAACACGUAUCUUGAGGGCGUGAAAGUUAAUGUGGAUGACAUCACAUCUAAUGUUUACAAAAUCCGAGAUUACAACAGGAACAAUGGAAUUUUUGUUAGAAACAAAAAUUACACCACGGUUGAUGACAGUAGCGUAUCCUGCUGUAAUUAUGAGUAUUUUGUGCUCAAUGCCAAGUGCAGGCAAAUGUUUAUCAGCGAGGAUCUGUCACCGGACAACUGUACAGAUUACAACUUUGGUUACAAUGACUGUCCCAAAUGCAUCCAAGCUAGACUUCCUGAUGAAAAAAUCGACGAUGAGAAAUGUUCAGCAGUGGGUUGUCCGGGCACAGAUCUGACAGACCUCAAUACUUACUUCUCUCAGUACGUGUUGGAAAAGAGUAAUGCCUCCAAUUACUUCAAUGUGUACGUUGCUGGUUUCUCGCUUGCUCCCACGACCUCCAUGCCAAUGGCUAAACCCUCAAACAUGUCGAACAACACUGGACUAGCUAACAAGACCCAGGAGACCACAGAGAACACAGUUUGGUACAGUAACGAGGCGUUUCACACUAUAGCAGAGGCCCUGAGUGCAAUGUCUAACAUUCUGCUGACAGAUCAAAUGGGCGAUUCAUCUUACGGUAUUGAGGUUACAAACCAUCCUCUUCCAAACAGUGUCUCAAACAAGGUCAGUGCAGGUAUUGCAACGUUUAAAAUUUUCAUCUCUCAGUUUAUCAGCGAGGAUCUGUCACCGGACAACUGUACAGAUUACAACUUUGGUUACAAUGACUGUCCCAAAUGCAUCCAAGCUAGACUUCCUGAUGAAAAAAUCGACGAUGAGAAAUGUUCAGCAGUGGGUUGUCCGGGCACAGAUCUGACAGACCUCAAUACUUACUUCUCUCAGUACGUGUUGGAAAAGAGUAAUGCCUCCAAUUACUUCAAUGUGUACGUUGCUGGUUUCUCGCUUGCUCCCACGACCUCCAUGCCAAUGGCUAAACCCUCAAACAUGUCGAACAACACUGGACUAGCUAACAAGACCCAGGAGACCACAGAGAACACAGUUUGGUACAGUAACGAGGCGUUUCACACUAUAGCAGAGGCCCUGAGUGCAAUGUCUAACAUUCUGCUGACAGAUCAAAUGGGCGAUUCAUCUUACGGUAUUGAGGUUACAAACCAUCCUCUUCCAAACAGUGUCUCAAACAAGGCCGAUAACGUGACAGGUGACUUCUCUGCUCUUUUGCUGGCCAUAUUUCUUGCACUGGGGAUGGCUUACAUGGCUGCCAGUUUUGUUACAUUCAUUGUGCAGGAAAGAGUGUCAAAGGCAAAGCACCUUCAGUUUGUCAGUGGAGUGGAUGUAUUUAGUUACUGGUUUGCCACUUACACCUGGGAUCUCCUCAACUAUUUAGUUCCUGCUCUGGGUAUCCUUAUUUUGUUUGCGGCAUUUCAAGUGGAUUCUUACAAGGAUGAACUAGGCAUUGUCUUUUUAAUGCUGAUUCUGUUUGGUUUGUGCGUGUUGCCGUUUGUUUACUGCCUGUCAUUUAUAUUCACCUCUCCUCUGGUUGGGUAUGCUCUGACUGUGUUUGUACUCUCCAUUCUCAGUCUGGCGAUGUUGAUCACAGUGUUUGUCUUGCAAUUACCAUCGUUAGAACUCGAGGAGGAGGCGAAGAUUAUGCAUUACGUGUUCAUGUUGAUCCCGACCUACACGCUUGCAUACAGCUUUGUGGACCUCAACCAAAACUACGGAUUCCGUAAAGUGUGUAACGAAUCUCCUGAUGCCGCACGAGCAUGUACAGUACAAGGGGUAGUAUAUACAGACAAUGGCUUGUCAUGGGAGCGUCCAGGGAUUGGUCAAAUGGCUCUGUAUUUAUUUGUGGAAGCGGUCGUGCUGUUCAUUUUGGUUUUGCUAAUUGAGGUGCGUUUCUUUAUCGGUGCCAGAACGAGAACGUCUAGCAGGGCGGCUGGAUCACAACGACAAGGCAAUGAGGAUGAAGAUGUCUACAACGAGCGAGCGCGUAUUCAAAACAUGUCAUCUGAUGCGAUUGGGGCCCAGUCUGUUGUGCUCAAAGACCUGACUAAGGUGUAUGGUGGUACAAGAGUCACUGCUGUUGAUCAUCUGUGCUUGGGAAUUCCUCGUGGUGAAUGUUUCGGUUUGCUCGGAAUAAAUGGUGCUGGUAAGACCACAACAUUCAGCAUGUUGACAGGAGAUCUGAGCAUCACUGAAGGGACUGCCUUCCUGGAUGGAUUCAACAUUCAGACAAACUUAAGAGAGGUCCAGCAGAGGAUUGGUUAUUGCCCUCAGUUUGAUGCCCUCAUUGAACGUCUAACUGGCCGUGAAAUGCUCACAAUGUACGCUCGUCUUCGGGGUGUGCCAUCAAAUAAGAUAGAAAACUUGGUUUCUGCUACUAUAAAGCACUUAAAUUUGACCAACUGGGCAGAUAAACUGUGUGGAGACUACAGCGGUGGAAACAAACGAAAACUCAGCACUGCCAUUGCGUUGGUUGGUAACCCUCCAAUUGUAUUUUUGGACGAACCCACCACUGGUAUGGAUCCAGUUGCUCGCCGUUUUCUGUGGGAUUCCUUGAUGACUGUCAUGAAAGGAGGCCGAUCCAUUGUGCUGACUUCGCACAGCAUGGAAGAGUGCGAGGCUCUGUGUACAAGACUGGCGAUCAUGGUGAAUGGGCAGUUUAAAUGUUUAGGAUCCACUCAACAUCUCAAGAGCAGAUUUGGAACUGGUUACACUUUGAUGAUCAAAGUUGCUGGCUCCAUUCCGUCCCAGCCCCCGCAGGUAGCCAACGGCCUCCAUCCUACUCCACCCAUCGCCGCGUCUGGGCCUCCUCCAGCAAUGGUUUUCACCAAUCCAGUGGCUACCGCUGAAUUGCCGGAAGUCAAUGAACCAGAGAAGUCGCCUCCUGAAGGUACUCCUAAUGGUCCACCUGGAGUAAUCAGCAGCCGCGAUGUUCAACCUACUGUCCCCAUCUCUACCUACCCGGCAUAUCCUACUCAAUUCCAGGUUCCACCCGGCCAAGUGCAGCCGAUUAUAUAUGACAGCGGGCUCAUACAAGCUGUGACAAAUGCGCAGAACUUUAUCUCUCAAACUUUCCCAGGAGCGAGGCUUCUGGAAAGUCACAAUGGCGUUCUGCACUUCCAGGUGGAAACCGAAGGUUUGAGUUGGUCUUACAUCUUUGGUCAGUUGGAGAGAAACAGAGCCGCUCUGAAUAUUGUGGACUACAGUGUCAGUCAAACCACACUUGAGCAGGUUUUCAUCAACUUCGCUAAAGAACAGCAUUCUGAGGAACGAACGUCUGUGAAAAAACAAUGUGGAUGCUUUUCGUGUUAACAGGAAUAUUUUACGGUCAAACUAUUCAUUUUUAUCAUGUCCAGCUUUUAGUUAGUCUCUGUUCUUUUUGACCUUCUUCUGGAAAGAUUGCUGCAUGUUUGGCAGUGUUAGGGAGAUGGAAGUCAGGUAAAUCACUGCUAUCUGUUGUCCUUUGUUUCUUAACAAUGUGCCCCAAAGGGGCUCCUACAAGGUAAACUAACUGGCUUGAAUAUUUUCCUUGUCAAUACCAUAUUGUAAGCAGACAUUGUUCUGGAACGGUUUUUACCUGUUUAAGAGUUUUAGAGAGAUGGAAGGCAGGUACAACACUGCUAUCUGUUGUCCUUUGUUUCUUAGCAAUGUGCCUCAAAGGGGCUCCUACAAGGUGAUCCAACUGGCUUGAAUAUUUUCCUUGUCAAUAACUUUGUUGUAUGCAGACUUUAUUCUGGAACGAUUUUUACCUGUUUUUAAAGAGUUUUAGAGAGAUCGAAGUCAGGUACAUCACCGCUAUAUGUUGUCCUAUGUUUCUUAGCAAUGCGCCACGAAGGGGCUCCUAUAAGGUGAGCCAACUGGCUUGAAUAUUUUCCUUGUCAAUACUUUAUUGUAGGCAGAAUAUUUCCUGGUGUCUUUGCAGUGCGAAGGCUUUGUUGAAUUUAUUGUUAACAGUAGAGUGUUAUACAUUUGAUCUAUUUAUUCCAUUUUAUAUUAUUUAUUUUUAUUUAUUCAUUUUGUUUUCUCAUCACGGCUGUAGCAUGUGACUCAAAUCGGCAAAUAUAAUCCGCAAAUUUAUGAUCCAUGUUCUCGCAAAUUUCUGAUGUGUGCGUGGUAGACCACAUGACGGGUGAAUAAUAGGGUUGGGAAGCAGCUCUUGUGAGGUUUCCCAUGAAUGACUUGAUGUCCUUUGAGAGGACAGUAGAACAAACAAGAUAAACAAUGCCCUUAGCGCCAAAACAAUAACAGCUACUAACAAGCAAAAAAAUUACAAGCUUACCAGAGCUGCUACACUUCUGGUACAAUAUUGUAGAGCGUUUUCAAUCACAAGGCGAACCACGUGCAAAUUUAUUGGAAUAAAAGGUGUUUACAUAAGAAAAGAGUUCCACUCCCACAGGAUUGGUUUGGUACACCAACAUGGCUGCCGUGACGUCAUGUGAAAACACUCUGUAAGGUCCUGGGUUCGACCUCUUUUAGGUAAACUGGGAAAUUGUUCAGUUAUUCACCGCGAACAAUAGACUCGGCACUUUUGAGCUUAAAAGAGCUCUUCUUGUACGAGCACUGAUUUCAGUCCGAAACAAGCGGUCAUCCUUGCUUUGCACGAACGCGUAAUUAGUGUGAUAUAGGGCUAAGGCUUUAAGAAAUACAACAUCAACUCACCUACCCCUGCGGACACACCGCAGCGGUUUCUAUAACAAUCAACUGAGACGUAGUCUCCAUAGCGACUAUCUCAAACAAACCGUAUCGUGGGUUAAUAGGGAUUCUUUGAUUGCCAACAUUUUUUAAAGCAUGGAUCAGGAAAGUGAACUAAACAGAACUGCGCUGGUCUCUUUUAACGGUCGCAUGUCACGAUUUAAAAACAACUUUUUUUUGCCCCGUAAAUAGUAGCUGUAUUUUACUUAGUGUAAAGUAUACUGUAAAUUUCAGAGAACGAUUGUACUCUGGUUUAGAAUGUUCUCCGAUAUUUAAAAACACUGCUAUGUGAGUUAAAAUUCAUUUUAUUGUAAGUUAUAUUCCAUUAAAAAGUAAUCGUGCAUUAAUUGUA